ACCUACAUUGGAAUCGGUCUUUUCAUUGUCUGCCUUACGCUUGUCCUUCUCACCUACUCCAUUUUUAAAGAACUGCGUACCUUACCGGGCGUUAAUUUAAUGAAUUUGUCCAUCUCUUUGCUAUUCGCCCAUUCCCUUUUCAUGACGGCGGGUGCGACUCAACGGCAGCAGAUUUUUUCAUCAAUUGCCGUUCUAACCCACUAUUUCUAUCUUGUGUAUUUUACUUGGAUAUCAAUCAUCGCAUUUGAUACCUACCACACUUUUUCCAGAACCUGUCGCACCCGUCAAAGAACAGCAAAUCGGAAGUGUUGCUUCCUUGCGAUUGGUUGGAUUCCUGCCCUUUUGUUUGUUGCUAUUUGUUACUCUCUUGACCAAUCAGGUUUGGUUGCUAUAGGAUACGGUGGCGCGAAUCACUGUUGGAUCACCAAUACCAAGUCUAACAUUUUUGUUUUUGUCAUCCUGGUGGCUUUUUCAAUUUUUCUAAACGCGAUCCUUUUCUCAUCGACAGUUAUUUCCAUUUACAAAAUAAAAAAGCAAACACAGGUGGUUGGAGACGCCGCAAACAAUCGAAGACAAGUUGUGUUAUUUGUAAAGCUGGCAGUCUUGAUGGGAUUCACGUGGAUUUUUGAAUAUCUACCGAUUCUCGUUUCUAAAUACUUUGAUUAUCCAUUUGUUAUAUUCAAUUCACUUGAAGGAGUUUUUAUUGCUUUUAGGUUUGUGUUCACAGCCAGAGUGAAGAAAAUGUACGGCGCGUUGUUUGUAGCCAACAAAGUAUUAGCAUCAACAGCAUAA